AACCCACACUUCAGCGUACUUGCCCAAACUAAUCUCAAAUUAGCGCAUCUUAACUAAGUUAUUAGAGUGAUGGAAAGUGGCAAGCUCAUGCAGGCUUUGGUGGGUUUGGCUUUGGUGUGGGUGUUGAGUGUUGGAAACUAUGGGGUUGAGGCACAAGCACAGCCUCAAGUCCCAUGUUUCUUCAUACUUGGGGAUUCACUCCUGGACAAUGGCAACAACAACAGGAUCGCGGCUUCGUUGGCUAAGGCCAAUUACAGGCCUUACGGUAUCGACUUCCCCGCCGGCCCGACCGGGAGGUUCUCGAAUGGGAAAACCGCCGUCGAUGUGAUUGCUCAGCUUCUGGGCUUCAAUGACUACAUCCCUCCAUACGCGACGACCACGGGGAACGCCCUUCUCAAAGGAGUGAACUUCGCAUCUGCAGCUGCCGGAAUCAGAGAAGAAACCGGGCGUCAACUGGGAGGCAGGAUCACCUUCACCAGGCAGGUGCAGAACUACCAAAGCACGGUGUCGCAACUGGCGAACAUCCUCGGAGGCGGGACCGCGGCGGCGGAUCAUCUGAGCAAAUGCAUAUUCGUGGUGGGUAUGGGAAGCAACGACUACCUCAACAACUACUACAUGCCCCAGUUCUACACGAGCGGCCGCCAAUACUCGCCCGAGCAGUGGGCCGACAUCCUCAUUCGAAUCUAUGUCCAGCAGCUAAGGAUCAUGUACAACAACGGUGCGAGAAAGGUGGCUCUGCUCGGGUUAGGCCAGAUCGGUUGCAGCCCGAGCGAGUUGGCUCGGAACAGCUCAGAUGGUUCCACCUGCGUCCAGAACAUCAACGACGCCUGCCAAAUAUUCAACAACAAGCUCAAGUCCGCCGUCACUGACUUGAACAAGAACCUCGCAAAUGCGAAAUUCACCUACAUCAACACUUACAAUAUCUUCCAAGACUUGCUCACCAAGCCCUCGUCUUUCGGUUUGAAGGUGAUCAACAGAGGGUGCUGUGGAGUGGGCAGGAACAAUGGCCAAAUCACGUGCCUCCCUCUCCAGAAUCCGUGCCCAAAUAGAAAGGAGUACCUCUUCUGGGAUGCUUUCCAUCCGACUGAGGCCGUGAACACCAUCUUCGGGCGGAGAUCCUACAUGGCCGAGUCCAGCGCCGACGCUUACCCCGUCGACAUCCGCCGCCUCGCCUCUCUCUGAAAAAUCCCCGGAUAA